AUGUUCAACGGUGCGCCCGGCAAUGGCACCAACAGCCGAGGCAAUGGCAUGCCCUGUGUCAAUGGCGAUGGGCCUCUCGUACACCGCAUAAAGCCAGACCGGAAGCAGUCCAGUCCCAUGGCUCCCGCCUUUAUGGUGUCUGCCCCGGGCAAGGUCAUCGUCUUUGGGGAGCAUUCUGUCGUCUACGGAAAGGCCGCCAUUGCUGCUGCCAUUUCGCUACGGUCCUAUCUCCACGUCACCACCCUCUCCAAGUCCAAGAGAACAGUUUCGCUGCGUUUCACCGAUGUCGACCUCGUGCACACAUGGAACAUCGACGAGCUUCCCUGGGAUGCCUUUCAGCAGCCUUCCAAAAAGAAGUCGUAUUACUCUCUCGUCACCGAACUCGACCCUGAUCUCAUCGCCGCCCUCGAGCCUCACGUCGACGUCUCCCCAGGUAGCCCAGAGGACGUCCGUCGAGUCCACAGAAAUGGCGCAUUUGCUUUUCUCUACCUGUUUCUCUCGCUCGGCUCACCCUCGUUCCCCGGCUGCCUUUACACCUUGCGAUCUACAAUACCAAUUGGCGCAGGCUUGGGGAGCAGUGCCUCCAUUGCGGUAUGCGUGUCCGCUGCCCUGCUCAUCCAAUUGAGGACGCUGUCUGGACCUCACCCCGAUCAGCCACCUGAGGAGGCUCGUCUGCAGAUGGAGCGCAUCAACAGGUGGGCCUUUGUAUACGAGAUGUGCAUCCAUGGCAAUCCCUCAGGGGUAGAUAAUACUGUGGCCACCCAAGGCAAGGCUGUUGUGUUCCAGAGAUUAGAUUACAAAAAGCCGCCUGUUGUGAAGCCGUUUUGGGACUUUCCCGAACUGCCACUACUGCUCGUCGACACCAAGCAGCCCAAGUCAACGGCCCACGAGGUCGCCAAGGUGGGGGAACUGAAUAGAAUGCGACCCAAGAUAGUGGCAUCGAUUCUGGACGCAAUGGACAAAGUGGCUAGCUCUGCGACUGAGCUCAUUGCCGAUGACAAGUUUGAUGAGAAAGAAGAAGAAAGUCUCGCAAAGGUCGGCGAGCUUAUGACCAUCAACCACGGCCUGCUGGUCUCGCUCGGUGUUUCGCACCCUCGACUGGAACGGGUGCGCGAAUUGGUGGAUCACGAGGGCAUCGGCUGGACGAAGCUCACUGGAGCCGGCGGCGGCGGUUGUUCGAUCACACUCUUGCGGCCCGGUGUCUCAAGAGAAAAGCUUGACAAGCUCGAGGAACGACUAGACAGGGACAACUUUGCAAAGUUUCAGGCGACGCUUGGUGGCGACGGCGUCGGAGUUUUGUGGCCCGCCAUUCUGAAAAACGGCACCAAGGAAGAUGAGGAGGGCGGCAUGGAAAUCGACUUGGAGAAGUUCCUCAAUGCGGAAGGCACCGAAGGAGUCGAGAAGCUCGUUGGCGUUCAUGGAGACGGCGGCGAACGAGAAGGGUGGAAAUUCUGGCGUGUGGAAAGCCUUUGA